UGUACAGCAAGGUAUAAAGAAAUCCAAAGGGAAAGCUGCUUAAGUUUCUAACUGAAGAUCAGAAACUCCCUGGAGACAGAAGAGAUAAUGGCAUUGGAUCUGGAGGAUUAUUUCCAUACUGUCUUUGAGGAACACCUCUUAAUGAAAGUGCCUGUGCGGGACAGAGGUCUGAUGAGCGGAGCCACACGGAUGAUUGAGAAACAGAGAGAGAUCAGAGAGGUGGAUAAACAGCUCCAGACACACAGAGAGGAGUUUGAAUUAAAGACGGAGAGUUUUCAAAGGCGGAGAGAUGAGGUGAAGAAGAAGGAGGAGAAACUGAAGGAGUCGCUGCUCAAAUUUGACAAAUUCCUCAAAGAAAACGACUCAAAGCGUGGUCGGGGUGAGAAGAAGGCAGAGAGAGAGAGGGAUGCUGUGCGUCAGAAGGAGGGAGAGAUAGAGAAACUGAAGGAGGAGUGUGCUGUCCUGGAGGCCUGGAGAUUGAGGCUGCAGCGCAGGGUGGAGAAGAGUGCCUUCUACUGGACCUUUCUGGAACAGGUCCUCAGACUGGCCAAGUAUGAGGAUGUGUGGGAGCUACUGGGGAGGUUUGCCACCCUGCUAUCCACCAAAGAGCAGCUGCGGCAGAGGGAGAGUGAGGUGCAGGAGCAAGCUGAUGGCCAACGGGGGGCGCUACAGAGACACACAGAGCAGCAGAGCUGCAGCAUUCUGCAGAAGAAUAACCUGUUGUCUCAGCUACAGACAGAGCUGGACCAGAUACGCUCCAACGCUCUCAGAUGGGAGAACACGUGGUAUCACAUCCAGACCACAGCGGCGAAGGAGACGCUUUUAUUGGGCCAAAUUAAAGUGGUGACCCUUAACCUCUACCACAUGAUGGGUGGGACCACAGGGCAGGAAAAGGACGUGGCCAUCGAUGACACAGAGACACAGCUAAAGAAGAUCCAGCUCUUCAUCCAAGACCAGUCUGCCAUAGUGAACAAUCUCAAACAGAGCCCUUCUCAUGCCACUACUAAAGCCAAUUUGAAGUGAACAGGUGGAGGAUGAUCUAGACAGAGGAUCCUGCAGUUCUUAUUAUUGGAGAUUUCAAUCCAUGUCUUGUAUUGUUUUCACACAGAUAGUAAUGUUAUGGGCAGCACUCUGUGCAGCAGUGGUGGGAAAAGUACAUAAAAGAUACCUUAAUAGAAAAUAACUCAAGUAAAAGUGAAUGUCACCCAGUAAAAAACAACUUGAGUAAAAGUCUAAAAGUAUAUGGUUGUACAUGUACUUAAAUAGUGGUUAAAAAAAUAACUUGUCAUACUUGCUAUAUAUGCAAUAUAUCAAAUUCCUUAUAUUAUGCAAACCAGACAGCACAAUUGUCUUGUUUAUUUUAUUUACGGAGAGCCAGGUGCACAUUCCAACACUCAGACAUAAUUUACAAACAAACACAGUAUUUGUGUUUAGUUAGUCCGCCAGAUCAGAGACAGUAGGGAUGGCAAAGCUUUAUAUUGUUAGGUUUGUGAAUUGGACCAUAUUGAUGUCCUGCCUGAGCAUUCAAAAUGUAACUAGAACUUUUGGGUGUCAGGGAAAAUGUAUAGGAGUAAAAAGUACAUAUUUUCUUUAGGAAUGUAAUGGAGUAAAAGUUGUCAAAAAUAUAAAUAGUAAAGUACAGAUACCCCUAAAACGACUUUACACCACUGCUGUGGAGCAAACGUAGCAUGAUGACAAUACUACUUCUGCAAUCAGUCUAGUACUGACACCUAGUGGCAACUGUAGGGAAUACUAACUAUACAUAUCAAUAGAGGGCCAAACUGUUUAGUGUUUCUCAAGCCUUGAUCAAAUGUAUCCAACAAUUGCAUGGUGCCAGUUUUCUACUAUUCUGAACAACUAUAAAUUGUUGAGUUCCAUUUAAACUGAUUCAUUAAUACAAUACUGUACAUGUUUCAAUAAAAAAUAUUUUUAAACAAUGGUUUAACAAAAUUCCCUUUUCUUUUAAGAAACACUUAAAAA